AUUUUUUGGAUUCAUUGCUCCCUCUCAUCAUGUAGAGAGAGGCAAAGGGGAAAACAAAAUGAAAUGUCCGUAUUGCUCAGCACCGCCGUCAAACGGCCGGUGCACAACCACUCCAACAGGGCGGCACAUAACAGAGUGCACUUCCUGCGGCCGUGUAAUCGAAGAACGCCAAACCCAAACCCACCACAUCUUCCACCUCCAAGGCCAAGACUCCCCCCUUUUACUCUCCACCUCCGACCUCCUUCUCUCUCCUCCGCAACCACCGUCACCUGACCCCGAAGACCCCUUCGACCACACUGGCUUUAUCACUGCCUUCUCCACCUGGUCCCUCCGCCACUCUCCUCUCUUCGCCACCUCUUCUCUCUCCUUCUCCGGCCACCUCGCCGAGCUCGAGCGUGCUCUGGAGGGUACUUCUGUCAAUUCUUCAUCUUCAUCUUCUGGGGUUGUUGUUGAUAAUUUGAGGGCUUAUCUUCAGAUUGUUGAUGUGGCUUCUAUUUUGGGGUUGGACCGUGAUAUUUCUGAUCAUGCUUUUCAGUUGUUUAGGGAUUGUUCUUCUGCUACUUGUUUGAGGAAUCGUAGUGUUGAAGCUCUUGCUACUGCUUGCCUUGUUCAGGCUAUUCGUGAGGCCCAGGAGCCCCGUACCCUUCAGGAAAUCUCAAUAGCAGCGAACCUCCCUCAGAAAGAGAUUGGAAAGUAUAUCAAGAUCCUGGGUGAAGCUCUACAACUCAGUCAACCAAUUAAUAGCAACUCUAUUGCUGUACAUAUGCCUAGAUUUUGCAACCUUCUCCAGCUAAAUAAAUCCGCUCAGGAACUUGCAACUCACAUUGGAGAAGUUGUGAUGAACAAAUGUUUCUGUACGCGUAGGAACCCUAUAAGUAUAUCAGCUGCUGCUAUUUAUCUGGCCUGUCAACUAGAAGAUAGACGCAAGACGCAGGCAGAAAUUUGUAAGGUAACAGGUCUCACUGAGGUCACACUCAGAAAAGUCUAUAAAGAGCUGCUUGAAAACUGGGAUGAUCUCCUCCCGUCUAAUUAUACUCCAGUUGUCCCUCCUGAAAAAGCAUUCCCAACUACUACUAUAGCAUCCGGCCGUUCUGUAACCCCUAGAGCCGAACUACCAGAAAUUCCUACUUUAGAUCGAGAGAGCAAGCAGCCCAAAACGAAUCAGAUUUCCGAGACAACUCAUGUGGACAGGGUAGUCAAGGGAGAGAAUGACAACAAUGCCCCUAGUACAAAAAAGGUAUCCUCUUCUUGGAAACCGGUGGUUCAGCUAGGUUCUAAUGUUGUAAAGAAAAGUGGUGAGAUGAAUCAAGGGACUGGCUUGAAGUUUAAUUCCAGUAUGCAAGAAGCCGAGCAAAAAAGCAUUGGGUCUAUGAGGCCUAAUCCAUUUGUUGCAGCUCAGGUCUUCGGUGCAACUUCUUCAUCUUCAUCGCGACCUAAUCAAAAUUCACAACCAGCGCAAUACCAAACAGCAGGAGGUUCGUCUGAGCUUAAGGACUCCGGCAGACAUAAUCAAGGCAAAGGUUCUGAUACAGCUGGGGGAAGAUGAUUGGCUGUAGUGUAUUUCUUGACUUGAGUAUUUUUUAAGGGGUUUUUUUUUGUGGGGAUUUUUGCGGUUUCUUCAUUGUGUAUAACUUUGCUUCCUUUCCAUGAGGUAGAAGAUGGUCGUCCCGUUAUCGCUUUUGGGUCAAUUGAAAACAACCUCUCUGCAAUUGCAGGGAUAAGGUUGUAUACGUCCGACCCCCCUUUACCCCACUUGUCGCGGGAGCCUCUUUGAUGAUAAUGACUUCAUUGUGUAUAACUUGUGUUGUGGUGUAGAGAACAGAGUUUGUUAUUUUCAAUGUCGGGAUGGCUUAUUUUGUUGA